AUGACUUGGAAUAUAGAGCUUAUUAAUAGUUUUUUCACUUUGGAAAAUGCCCAGAAGAUAGCCAACAUUAGAAUUCCCUUCACAGGGGAUGACAGAUUAGUAUGGUUACAUACUAAGAAUGGUGAAUUUUCCGUGAAAACUUGUUAUAAAGCUCUCUAUGGCGAGAUAAACUAUUUACAUAAUCCCCAUCCCAGUCAACCUACCUACAAAGCUCUAUGGAGCUUCCCCACUCUUCAUAAGAUACAUCUCUUCCUAUGGAAGUGUAUAGAAAAUGCCUUACCUACUGGAGUCAGACUCUCACAAUACAGAAACCAAGUAGAUACUUGUUGCUUAUGUGAUACUAAUUCUGAUGAAUCGGCUGAACAUCUUUUUCUUCACUGUGAUUAUGCAAAAACUGUUUGGGAAAAACUCUCUUUGGUCACUAUGCAACUUCAGGGGAUCUUACAGACACAAGUAUUAGGACUUGCAUGGUGCAUAUGGAGGGAUAGGUGUUUCAAGACCUUUCAAAAUCAAACUGUGACACCAUUGAGCAUUGCCAAUCAUGCUUUGAAACUCUUAGCAGAUACAGAUGCUUGUAUGCCAGCACCAAUUGUUCCGCUAGACAGAUCUGUUGUACCUAUACAAUCACCAGAUAACAGUGGCCUGCCUGAGCAUUGUCGUAUUUUAUAUGGUGAUGCUAGCUAUGAGUAUGAUACUAAUGAAGAAGGCUCUGGUCCUGUAUUAACUGAUUUGACAGGGUCUUUUGAAGGAUGCAAGAUCAUCAAAGGAGUAGCUAGAUCAGCAGAAGAAGCAGAAUGCAUUGCCUUAAUAGAAGGAAUCAAAUGGAAGGAGAACAAAGGCAUAACCACAUUCUGUAUUCGCAGUGAUGCAAAGAGUGCAAUUAAUUACUUUAAGAAUAAUAACCAUCAAUUAUGCUGGUUUAAUCAAACUAUUUUAGACGAUUGUCGUUUUAUUUUAAAUAAUUUUCCUUUCUCAAGAGUUGAUUACGUUAAUAGAAUUUUUAUCUCCAUAGCUGAUAAAGCAGCAAAACAUUGUAGGAGAAAUAAUGUAACGGGUGAAUGGACAGGUGAAAAACCUGACUUUCUCCUAGAUCUGUAA